AUGAUAAAAAGUAUAUAUGUUAUCUAUUUAAAUAUGUAGAGCUAAAUGUUUUUCAAUAGUAAAUCUACAUGGUGGAUANGAAAAUAGAAAUAGUUAAAAUAGUUAUAAUUGAGAUACCUUAUCAAAUUAAUAAAGCUGAAUUAUAGUUAAAAGUUUAGAAUUAUUAACAAGAGAUAAAAUAAUUGAUGGAAUCACUGGAAUUAAGGAUGAAUAAAAUAAAUUUGGUAUCAGAACUGCAAUAGAUAAAAUGCAUUAUUCUGAUUCAAAAUAUCAUAUUGAGUCGAUUAUAUAAACGUACUUCUUUGGAAGCAUACUUUGCAUUUAUAUCUUAGCACUAAAUCUUUUAUUUAUUUUAAAGAAAAAGUCGUUACUUGCAGAAGUUCAUUCCUUUUCAAUAAAGCAUUCUCAAAAGCGCAUUUAGAAGUAGGAUUGUUCAUGUCAAUAGAAAAUAUUAUUAGAAUCAUUGA